AUGCCUUCGUCGUUGCCCUCAGCCAAGCUUGCGAUGGAAAACAGUGGUACACGUCGACGAAGGAACUGCAGCUGGCGUCUCUACAUCCCGAUUGACGUGUUAAGCGAAGUUGAGCUCUUGCUCUUUGGGGACAUCUUCAACGACAGUGUUGACGCCGUGGCGUGGCCAAGUCAGCUGAAGAGGAUAAAAUUUGGGUGGUCGUUCAACCGCCCUAUCACAGAGCCCGCAUGGUCCGCAUCGCUGCGGCAGCUGGAGUUCGGACGUAAUUUUAACCAGGAUAUUGAAGUGGUAAAGUGGCCUCCGUUGCUGCAACAGCUCAUUUUCGGGGAUUGCUUCAACCAGCCCAUUUCCAGUGUCGCUUGGCCGAUGUCACUUCAGCAUCUCUCGUUCGGUAAGAGAUUCAACCAGCCCAUUGAAGCAGUGACUUGGUCUUCUUCUCUGCUAUAUCUGAGGCUUGGGAUGGCCUUCAACCACCCGGUUGAAGGAGUAACGUGGAAUGCUUCACUGCAGCAUCUCGUUUUCGGGUGCAACUUCAAUCAACCAAUCAGAGGAGUCAAAUUCCCUACUUCUCUGCAGCAGCUGUGUCUCGGGUGUUGUGACUUCAACCAGCCCAUUGAAGGAAUUGCGCUGCCAGCGUCACUGACGCAUCUCACCUUCGGGAAAGAGUUCGAUCAGUGUAUCGACGACGUAUUAUGGCCUGGAUCGCUGCAGGAGCUCACGUUUGGAAGGUCGUUCAACCAAAGCAUCGUACCGGUCCAACUCCCUGCAUCGCUUCAACAGCUUACGUUCGGUUCUGGCUACAAACGAUGGGUCGAGGAGGUGGUCUGGCCCUCGUCGCUGCAACGCUUGGAGUUUGGAGACGGCUUCAAUAUGCCCGUUGAAGACAUUUCCUUGCCGGCAUCACUGCAGCAGCUCACGUUUGGGGAAUCGUUCAACAGGUGGUUACCACGCGCUGGGUGGCCUGCUUCACUGCGCCGCGUGAAAUUCGGGUACAGGUUUAACAAGCCGAUUUCCCUCGUCUCGUGGCCAUCUGCUCUGGAAGAAAUGGAAUUUGGGAGUGAAUUUGACCAGCCGAUUGACGAAGUGGCGCUUCCUCCCUCACUGCGGAGAUUAAACCUCGGGCAGUCCUUCAACCGCGCAAUCGAAAAAGUUUCAUGGCCUUCGUCUCUGCAGCAGAUCUCGUUAGGUACCCGUUUCAACCAACCGAUAGCACAAGUUGGUUGGCCACCAUCGCUCGAGCAGAUAUCCUUCGAGGGCGAUUUCGGCGGGGGAGAUUUCGACCAGACGAUUGAAGACGUGGCACUACCUGCCUCGCUGCGGAUACUAAAACUUGGCGGUUCCUUCAACCAACCGAUUAAAGGAGUCACGUGGCCCACGUCCUUUCAGCGGCUGGAGGUCGGGUGGAAGUUCAACCAAGCGCUUGAAGGCAUCAUAUGGCCAGCAUCUCUGCAGCAGUUCACCGUCUUGGGUGCAUUCAAUCACCCAAUAGAACGAGUGAAGUGGCCGGAAUCUGUGCUGAAAUUGGCGUUUGGCUACGAUUUCAACCGCAGCAUACUUGGUGUCGUGUGGCCGUCGUCGCUUCACGAGCUCAAAUUUGGCGAUUACUUCAACCACAGCAUUCUUGGAGUCGUGUGGCCACCAUCGCUUCAGGAGCUCGUUUUCGGUAGUGACUUCAACCAAAGCAUACAGCAAGUUGCGUGGCCAGCUUCGCUGCGGCGCCUCGAGUUUGGGUCCAACUUUAACCACAGCAUUCGUGGAGUAGUGUGGCCGCCAUCGCUGCAACGUCUGAUGUUUGGCAGGGCGUUCGACCAGAGCAUUGAAGGUGUGCAAUGGCCAGCGUCGCUGCAGAUCAUCGUAUUUGGGGAUCACUUCGACCAAGAUGUGUCUGAGGUCGUGUGGCCAAGCACAUUGAAGGAGCUGCACUUUGGAGAUGAGUUCAACCGACCGAUGGACAAAGCCUCUUGGCCGCCGUCUCUCCGGGUCCUUACCCUGGGAAAGCUGUUUGAUCAGUCGUUGACCCAACUAGGAUCUUGGAUGCCGCGUUUGUUGGAAUUGACCAUUGAAGGGCAUCGGUUUCACAAGCAACACUCUCUCCUUGGCGUGCAUUGGCCGGCAGGGCUUCAAAGGGUAUCCGCCGAAGAGCUUUGGUACCCACACGGAUUUCCGGAGAGUGCGGUAUUUGUUGACCUGUAGUGGAAAUGGAAUAGCACUAAUUUCGCAAGCAGAGCGGUGAUGUGAUGUCUGUAGACCGAGCGAACUGACAGAGUUUUCUUGUGAAACGGUAGCAACUGUAUGUCCAUUUUUGGUGUUCAACCGCUGUCACGAAGAAUUAGACCUGGCGUACCCGCCCACCCCGAGGCUUUCACGAGGACGAGCAAGUAAGCGCCUUAGGACGUUUGCGCUUUUGAGCACACGCGAGCGGACUAUUGAGUACGUGAGCAGCUCGCCACCGGAAACUAUCAAGUAGACUUGCGCAACGACGGAAGGCAGACCAGAUGGAUCUGCGUGUUAUCGCGCUCAAAGACCGAUCAGUAUGAGAUCGGGAACGUCCUUGUGCGAACGCGGGAUUGCAUCAGGGGACCACGGUCGGACGUGAGAGCGAGCCGCGUUGCAAGUAGCCUUGUUGUGGAGCUGUUAUCGUGCCACGUCGCCCGAUCCGCACCGUUGUCCUCAUCCGCGACAGAGGGGAGGCAGUACAUACGAGUCGUGAAGUGCCGCAUCUCUUUCUGAGAUGCGAGAUGUUAUCGCUGAGCCCGGGCGAAACGAACGACAUUACACGAAUUUGGAGGGCUGCAGCAUCGGGGGGGUGUUUCCGAGCCAGUAACUCAAAGGAAAGGGAAGGGACUGCAAUUCGGGUGCUUAAGAGCUGUACGCGCAGCGCAACGUGCAGGAUUCGUGACGAGUGCCGCGACAAUUAACGGGAGUAGGCCAGAGGCGAGACAGCCGGUGAGAGAAUCGAUAGGGGGGAACGAAGGGUUCCUUGUAACGGGGACAGUAGUAUGGAGUAGACCUCGGUUUGGGUGUCGAAAUUCGAGUACCAUUUGGGGACUUGGUCGUUCCAGACGCCUGCAUCCAGUAGCCCAGCAUCUUUCUGGUACCAGGUUAGAUGCCUUGGGGUAUCGUGAGUCUGGAGAAAAAAGGUUGCAACUACCCUCUUCCACACGC